AUGUCCGCCGUCAAUGGCGCCUCGAAGACCUUGAAGAUUCUAAUGUUACAUGGCUACACUCAGAGCGGAUCUUUAUUCAAUGCAAAGACGAAAGCACUCGAAAAAAGUCUACGCAAAGCAUUUACUAGCGUCACGCUCAGCUAUCCUACUGGACCGAUGAAACUACGAGCUAGCGACGUGCCUGGAUUUGACUCAUCGAAAGUUGAGGAUGAAAACGAUGAGGUGGAGGCCUACGGUUGGUGGAGGAGAUCAAACACGUCCGAACCACCAGAGUACGUUGGCAUAGAGGAGGGUCUGGCAGUUGUCGCAGAUACUAUGAAGCGAGAAGGACCCUUUGACGGGGUCAUGGGUUUCUCUCAAGGCGCGGCAAUGGCUGCAAUGGUAUCUUCUCUACUCGAGGGAAAGCCACGCAGUGAGGCUUUCAAAGCAGCAAUGGCCAAGUCAAAGCUGUCCAUGUCGUAUCCUUCAGCUUUUGCAGAUCUAGAUCAUCCACCACUGAAGUUCUGCAUAUCAUACUCAGGGUUCGUUGCUCCUGGAGAGAGAUAUGCAGCAUUCUACGAGCCCACGAUACGAACACCGAUGUGUCACUUUGUCGGCAGUCUCGAUACAGUGGUUGAGGAGGCGAGGACGAAUAAGCUGAUAGAGGCUGUGGGUGGACCGACGCGGACAAGUGUGAUUGUGCAUCCUGGUGGUCAUUUCGUGCCAAAUAACCGGCAGUACAUUGAUACUGUUGUAGCUUUCAUCAAGGCGCAAAUAACAGACGCUUCGCCGUCGACAAAGCAAGAAGAGAGUGUGGAGGACAUGGACGUACCAUUUUGA